CGCGCCGGCUCCGGGCGGAUGGACCCGGCGCGGAGGUCAAAGCUGAGCCUGAGCCGGCGGAGGCCGCCCUCGGGGGUCCGCCCCAGGUGCCCGAGCAACCCCCCCGGUUCCCCUCCGGACGGCGGCGAGUGUGCGCGGCCGUGGGCUGAGCUGCUGCGCGUCGCGAGUGCGGACCUGAACGUGGACGGCGAGCUGCCGCCACUGCCCGCGUUCCCCGGCCAGGAGCCCAGGCGCAGCGCUGAGCGCGCGCCCCCGGAAAGCUUCACCGUGGGAACCGAGACCUUUUCCUGGACGCCCUUCCCGCCGGCCCCGCGGCGAGGCGGGGACCCGAGCCACUCCGACCGAGUGCUCCGCGAGGCCCUGGGGCGCACGGGGUCCUCCGCGUGGUCCCCCCAACGACACCCCGCGCCCGAGCCCCGCGGGACCUCCAGCGUCGAGGAGCAGCCGUCCGUGGGGGGGUCGCCGACACUGCAGAGCUGCCCCAUGUGCCAGGCCGACUUCGCCCCCAGGCUGACCCAGCUGGACAUUGAGAGCCACCUGGCCCAGUGCCUGGCAGAGAGCACAGACGACGCGGUGUGGUGAAGCUGCUCCUUCUGCAGCUGUAGGUUACCGCCGGCAAGGAAGACACUGUCACCGGUGCCUGUCAUCACCCGCGGGGGUUCAGAGCAGCUCCCCUCAAGUCGGGAGUCACGGGGAGGGGCCGGGCCCGCCUGCCGACAUCUCGUGUGAGCCUCGUCUUGUUCGUGCCCUCUGUGCCCACAGGAAGCAGGGCCAGAGGGCGUGUGCAGGUAGUUCUCCUUCCGGUGCUGUUGGCCCACAGGUUCUGGAAGAGCCUCGCCUCCAGCACAGCCACAGCGGCUGUGGCACCGGCAGGAGGGAGGGGGUAGGAUGUGGAAGUCUAAGGUUAACUCCCAGAAGUUGGUAUUUUCCUUUCAAAAAGGGCUUCAGACGAGCCAUGAAAAGACACAGAGGAAGCCUCAGCGCACAUUUCUCAGUGAAAGACGCCAACGUGAAAAGGCUACACGUUGUGUGAUUCCAACUCUAGGACAUUCAGGGACAGGCAAAAGCCAUGGAGACGGUAAAAAGAUCAGUGGUCGCCAGGGGUUGGUGGGGAGGGGGCGUAAAUAGGCAGAGCACAGAGGAUUUUUAGGGCAGGAAAAUACUCUGAGCUCCAAGGGUGGAUACGCAAUACACGUAUCAAGCCUGGGUUCAAACCCACAGAAUGUACCGCUGCCAGAUGAUGCAGCGGAGCAGGUUCUUCCUUUGUAGCAAACGCAGCCUCUACGGGGAUGCUGGGAGAGGGAGGCGGCGGGGGGCGGUGCACAUGGGAACCCUCUGCACCUUACCCUCGCUUUUGCUGCGAACCUAAAACUGCUCUGAAAAAUAAAAUCUGUUU